UGCGGGUUCGUGUGUGAGUGCGCUGUUGGUUUUGUGUUUCAUUUAUUUAAGUUAAAAGUUAUAUUUUUGUGUUGCUUCUGUUAUUACAAAUAAUGCGCUCGAUUUGCUGCACAGCGUGAGCACACAACUUGCAUUAUACAGCGCAGCAUUCACAAUCUGAGGAUGCAACGCUUGUGGCACAUGCUGCACGCGUUGCUCUUGCUGCAUUUGGUGGCGGCACAAAACGAUGGCAGCUUUUACAACGUGCAACCACAGCAACAACUGCAGCCCCAACAGCCGCUGCAGCAGCCACAGCCCACAUCGGCAUACGACAACAAUCCGCUGUACGGAACGAAUCUCAAUCCCAACUUGAAUCCAAAUCUCAACAAUCCGAAUCCAAAUCCAAGUCCGAGCUAUGGCUACAACGAGCUGGGCGGCGCUCAGGAUGAUUAUAACAAGCGUCUGGGCAGCAGCUUUGGCGACGAUGAGCCCAGUUUGCAGCUGGGCAAAACCUCGUACAAUGUUAAGGCCAGCUUUCUGGAGACGCUGCACAAUCGGGAGCCGACCUAUUUUAUUGUCGCCUCACGCAUGGUGCGGCCCGGCCUCAUCUAUCAGGUAUCCGUAUCCAUACUGCAGGCCAAAUAUCCGAUCACGGUGCACGCGAGCAUCUCGUGCGAUGGCGUUCAGAUCAGCGGCGACUCCAAGGACGUCAAGGAGGGCGUGCCGGAGACUUUGCUCAUGCGCAUACCGCCGACCAGUGUUACCGGGGAUUACAAACUGCGCGUGGAGGGCUUCUAUCAGGAUGUCUUUGGCGGCAUCGCGUUUCUCAAUGAGACCCGGCUGGACUUUUCGCAGCGCUCGAUGACCAUCUUUGUGCAGACCGACAAGCCGCUCUAUAUGCAGAGCGAGACGGUCCGCUUCCGCACCAUUCCCAUCACCACCGAACUGAAGGGUUUCGAUAAUGCCAUCGAUGUCUAUAUGCUGGAUCCCAAUAAACACAUUCUCAAGCGUUGGCUGUCCCGGCAAUCGAAUCUGGGUUCCGUCUCGCUGGAAUACAAGCUGUCGGAUCAGCCAACGUUUGGAGAAUGGACGAUACGCGUGAUUGCCCAGGGUCAGCAGGAGGAGAGCCACUUCAGCGUCGAGGAAUACUAUCAGACGCGCUUCGAAGUCAACGUCACGAUGCCGGCGUACUUCUUCACCACCGAUCCGUAUAUCUACGGCCGGGUGAUGGCGAACUUUACGAGCGGCCUGCCCGUGCGCGGCAAUCUGACGCUGAAGGCGACAAUCCGGCCCAUUGGCUACUUCAGCAAUCAGGUGUUGAACGAGAAGUUCCGUUUGGGUCGUUCGCCGCUGGAGCAAAUGAAUUUGUAUAACGAACGCUGGCGCUACAAUAAUCCCAGCCAGAAUCCGCAGCAGCAAUACAAUGGACCGCCGCAGCUGCCACAGGACGGCGGCGAUCUCUCGCAGGAUCUGCUCUAUCGCAAUCAGUAUGUGGUCGAGCGCAACUAUCAGUUCGAGGAGGAGUGGCCCUUCUGGGUGCGCAAGCCCGAAGUGCUGGACAGCUAUGAUUCCUGGACGAGCAGCUAUCGCAACACGUUGCCCUAUUUGCGCUACUUCAACGGCACCUUCGACUUUAAGUGGCCGCUGCGCGAGCUGGAGCUGCUCGUGCCCAACAUGGCCAACAUGGAGGUGCUCAUUACGGCCACAGUCGGCGAGAAGUUCUACGAUGAGAUCAUCAGCGGCUAUGCCGUGGCCCGUGUCUACAAUUCCAGUUUGCGUGUGGCCUUUCUGGGCGAAUCGCCGCAGGUCUUCAAGCCCGCGAUGCCCUUUACCACGUACCUGGUCGUGGAAUAUCACGACGGUUCACCCAUCAAUCCGAAUCUACUGCGCCAGGGCCUCAUGGAGGUCAGCGGCUUUGUGGAGAGCCGCAAUGGCGGCCGCCGCGAUUGGCCCGCCCAGCGGCUGCACAUGUCCCAGCAGAGCGACGGCGUCUGGGAGCUCAAAAUCGAUAUACGCAACGAUCUGCAGCUGGACGAGCGUCCGCAGUCCCGCGAAUUUCUCAACGGCAUACAGAAUAUGCGUUUGCAGGCUGUGUUUGCGGAUCCGCGCGGUGAACGCGUUCAAACCGAGCUGCUGCUCGUCUCGCACUAUUCGCCGCGCAAUCAGCACAUCAAGAUCACGACCAGCACGGAGCAGCCGGUGGUCGGCGAGUACAUCAUCUUUCACAUACGCACCAACUUCUAUCUGGAGGAGUUCAACUAUCUGAUCAUGUCCAAGGGCGUCAUAUUGAUCAAUGACCGCGAGACCAUCAUCGAGGGCAUACGCACCAUUGCCGUGGUCCUGAGCGCCGAGAUGGCGCCCGUGGCCACCUUGGUCGUGUGGAAGAUCACCCAACAGGGUCAAGUGGUGGCCGAUUCUCUCACGUUCCCCGUCAAUGGCAUAUCACGUAACAAUUUCACGGUGUACAUCAAUAAUCGCAAGGCGCGCACUGGCGAAAAGGUCGAGGUGGCCAUCUUCGGUGAGCCCGGCUCCUAUGUGGGCCUCUCCGGUAUCGACAGCGCCUUCUACACCAUGCAGGCGGGCAACGAGCUGACCUACGCCAAGAUCAUUACCAAAAUGUCCAAUUUCGAUGAGCAAACGAACGGCACGUACAAACACAUUUGGUACUCGCAUGAGGGCAAUCCCGACGAGCUGGUCUACUUUCCCGCCUCGUCCUUCGGCAUCGAUGCCAAUCGCACGUUCGAAUACAGCGGCCUGAUUGUGUUCACGGACGGCUUUGUGCCGCGUCGCCAGGACAACUGCAAUCGCACGCUCGGCUAUGGCGAAUGCCUGAGCGGACGCUGCUAUCGGGUGGAGAAGCGCUGCGAUGGACUCUUCGACUGCGAGGAUGGCACGGAUGAGAUCGGCUGUCAUGUGCGCAACGAUACGGAACUCUUGAAUUAUCGCAAAUAUCGCUUCAAUCGCGUGCUGCGGCAUUACGAGAACGUUUGGCUGUGGAAGGAUGUGAAUAUCGGACCGCACGGUCGUUAUAUAUUCAAUGUCGAUGUGCCGGAUCGUCCCGCCUAUUGGAUGGUCAGCGCGUUCAGUGUCAGCCCCUCCAAGGGCUUCGGCAUGCUCAAUCGCGCCUUGGAGUACGUCGGCGUCCAGCCGUUCUUUAUCAAUGUGGAAAUGCCGUCCGUUUGCCGACAGGGCGAGCAGGUGGGCAUCCGUGUCACCGUGUUCAACUACAUGACGACGCCCAUUGAGGCGAUAGUCGUGCUGCACGGCAGUCCCAACUAUAAGUUCGUGCAUGUGGAAGAGGACGGCAUUGUGCGCAGUUACAAUCCGCGCACCAGCUUCGGUGAGCAUCAGUUCUUCAUCUAUCUGGACGCGCAGGGCACCACGGUGGUCUAUGUGCCGGUGGUGCCGCAGCGUCUGGGCGAGAUCGAGGUGACGCUGCACGUGGCCACGCUGCUGGGCACGGACACCGUCACCCGCACCCUCCAUGUCGAGUCGGACGGCCUGCCGCAGUACAGGCAUCAGUCGGUGCUGCUGGAUUUAUCCAAUCGCGCCUAUGUGCUGGAGUAUAUGCAUGUCAAUAUCACACAGACACCGGAGAUACCCUACCAGGUGGAUCGUUAUUUUGUGUACGGCUCGAAUCGGGCACGCAUCUCCGUCGUGGGCGAUGUGGUCGGUCCGAUAUUCCCGACAAUGCCCGUCAACGCGAGCUCGCUGUUGUAUCUGCCCAUGGAGUCGGCGGAGCAGAACGCCUUCAGCUUUGCCGCCAAUCUGUAUACGAUCAUGUACAUGCGUCUGAUCAAUCAGCGCAAUAAGACGCUGGAGAAGAACGCCUUCUACCACAUGAACAUUGGCUAUCAGCGACAGUUGAGCUUUAUGCGCGCCGACGGCAGCUUCUCGCUCUUCCGCUCCGACUGGAACAAUUCGGCGUCCUCGGUCUGGCUGACCAGCUACUGUCUGCGCAUCUUCCAGGAGGCCUCGUUCUACGAGUGGGAGAACUUCAUUUGGAUCGACGCCACCAUCAUUGAGAAGAACAUGCGCUGGCUGCUGCAGCAUCAGACACCUGAGGGCGCCUUCUACGAGGUCACAUGGCUGCCGGAUCGUAAAAUCAAUCGCACCAAUUUCGCCAGCUACACGAGCUUACGCAAUCGCAAUAUAACACUGACCUCGCAUGUGCUCAUCACGCUGGCCACGGUCAAGGAUCUGUCCGGCACGCUGGGCUCGCGUGUGGCGCUGGCGACGCAACGUGCCGUCGCCUGGAUCGAGCGCAAUAUGCAGUUCCUGAAGGAUACGCCGGAACCGUAUGACGUGGCCAUCACGGCAUAUGCCCUCCAGCUCUGCAAUUCGCCCAUUGCGGAGCAUGUCUUUAGCAUAUUGCGCAAGCAUGCACGCACCAUUGGCGACUUUAUGUAUUGGGGCAAUCAGGAGCUGCCGCAACCGCCGCGCAAACUGGAGAACCAGAAAUGGUUCUCCCUGCCCCGACUGCCCUACGAAUACGAUUCGCUGAACAUCGAGACGACCGCCUAUGCUCUGUUGGUUUAUGUGGCGCGUCGCGAAUUCUUUGUGGAUCCCAUUGUGCGUUGGCUAAACGCACAGCGUCUGAAUGAUGGCGGGUGGGCGUCCACGCAGGAUACGAGCGCCGCAUUGCGUGCUCUGGUCGAGUAUACGGUGCGUUCGCGCAUUCGUGAGGUCUCCUCGCUGAGCGUCGAGAUUGAGGCAUCCUCGCAGGGCGGCAAGACACAGGAGCUGCACAUCGAUGACACCAACUUGGCCAGGCUGCAGAGCAUCGAGAUACCUGAUGCUUGGGGCACCAUCAAGGUGCAGGCGAAGGGCGCCGGCUAUGCCAUACUCCAAAUGCACGUGCAGUACAAUGUCGAUAUUGAAAAGUUCCAAACGAAGCCGCCGGUGCCAGCGUUCGGAUUGCACACAAAGGCCAUAUUCCAUGGCAGGAAUCAGUCGCAUAUCUCCUACGUGGCAUGCCAAAACUGGGUGAACUUGCAGGAAUCGGAGCGUUCGGGCAUGGCUGUGCUGGAUGUGGCCAUACCCACGGGCUACUGGAUACAGCAGCAAAAACUGGACACCUAUGUGCUGAGCAACCGGGUGCGCAAUUUGCGACGUGCACGCUACCUGGAACGCAAGAUUGUCUUCUACUUUGAUUAUCUGGAUCAGGAGGACAUUUGCGUCAACUUCACCAUAGAGCGCUGGUAUCCAGUGGCCAACAUGUCACGGUAUCUGCCCGUGCGCAUCUACGACUACUAUGCGCCCGAGCGCUUCAACGAGUCCAUUUUCGAUGCACUGCCCACAUAUCUGCUGAACAUAUGCGAGGUGUGCGGCAGCUCGCAGUGUCCAUACUGUUCCAUCUAUAACAUGGGCUGGCGUGCAUCCAUGUCCUUCUCCCUGUUGUUCUUUAGCGUAUUUAUUUAUUUGAUGCGCAGUCGCUUAUUAGCCUAUUAGUUUCUGUUUUCUUUUGUUUAUUAUUUUAACAUUCCGUCCAGAGGUUUUCUUUUUUAUUUUGUGUUCAAUGACUAAAUUUAUAUUAUUAUUAUUAUUUUGUAAACGGCGUUUAAUCGUAAUCUCAAAAUAUGUACAAAAAAAAGAGCAAAAAAAAUUCGCAUCCAAUUGGACUAAUUAGUUUUGAAGUACGCAAACCAUUAACAUUAUAUAUAUAUACAUACAUGUAGCAAUUUAGUCUUUAGCGUUCAGUUAUACAUUAUAAUAUAUAUAAUAUGUAUUUUCCCCCUCGGAGACCAGGAACAGAGCCUUGAACCUGUUUGCCUUAAUUUCAACUGGGCGCUAAAAGUGCCGCCUUAUACGAGAAAUGUAACAAGAAUAUGUGUCUUUUUAAAUAUCACAAAUUGCCUUUAUUAGAUUUUAGAAAUCGAUAGUGAAUAUCUAUAUAUACAUAUAUAUAUGAGCUUUUCUUUUUGGAUACUGCAUGCAUAUCAAUUUUGGAAAUUUUUUAAUAAAACAUAAUGAUUAUGAUUAGCGUUGAAAGCGACCGUCCAAUACGAUAUAAGUUUUAAAUGAUGCAACAAACACAAAAACGAAAUAAUUAAUAAGCAAAUGAAACCAAUCAAUACCAAAUUUAAGCAAGUUUUAUACGUAUUUGUAUUUUUUGACAAGAACUGUUUAAAUAUUGAUUUUUGUAUAUUUAAAUACAAACUACAAAGAAUAGCCAUGUACCAACUAGCUAACGAAUCUUAAAAUCAAGUAUUCCGUCCCUACUUUAUGGUAAGAGAAUGAAAUGAAUCUAAAAAGUGAAAUAAAUGUAAUUUACGUUUUCUAUCUAACGGAAAAAAACUCAAAUAAAUGAAAUUAACGAAAUAUUUGAACUA